ACACUAUAGGACCCAUUAUUGGUGGUUAUCCUCCUCUCAUUGGUCGUGGGCUUAAUGGUCGCCAGUUUUCAAGGAGCGAUAAAUAUUAUCUCGGAUCCGUGAACAACCUGAGAGGAGAUCGCAUUCAAAUGUUCCCAAAUUAAUUUGUCAAAGAAGUUGAUGGCAACUGCAAUUUCUUCCAUAUUAAGCCCAAGAAUGAACGGAAUGUAGGCUUAAAGUAAGAAGCAGAUGUGAGGACUUUGAAUUCAGUGCAGCCUGCAGAUCUGAUGGCAGCAGAGACUGUUCAGUCAUUCCUAGAAGUCAAGCAAGAAAUGGAGAGAGGGACACUUGAUCAUUACCAACCCACAUAUAGAAGUGUAGCAGAAAGUGUCCAUUUAGUCCCAGAAGAUAUGAUCAAGCAAGUAGCAGAGAGAGGGGCAUCAAAUCCUCUCAGAACAAUGGAUAGGAGUGCAGCAGAAGGUGUUCAGUCAGUCCCAGAAGAUAUGAUCAAGCAAGUAGCAGAGAGAGGGGCAUCAAAUCCUCUCAGAACAACGACUAGGAGUGCAGCAGAAGGUGUUCAGUCAGUCCCAGAAGAUAAUGUCAAGCAAGAAGUUCAGAGCAGGACCUUGAGUUCACUGCAUUCUACAGAUAUGUGCAUAGAAACAACCCUAGGACAUACUAACAAACAAGAAAUGGAAAGUAAAACCUCCAGAGAUGAAACUGCCCCAUCAGUCCCAGAACACAGUAUGCAAAAAGCAGAGAGUUGGACCUUACAUACUUCACAAUCUCCAAAUAGGAGCUCAACAGAAACUAUUCAAUUUGUUGAAGGAGUUCUCAUCAAGCAAGAGGUUGAUAGCAAUGUCAUUCAUUACCUGUCACCCAUGAAUGAAUUCAUUCCAUCAGUCAUAGAAGUUCUCAUCAAGGAAGAAGCAGAGGCCUUUUCAACCGUUGGAGAGAAAAUCGAUCAGUUACCCCUCAAAAUCAACAUCAAGCAAGAACCUACAGGAGAAAGUGAAGAGGAAGGUGUUCCAUCAAGUCUAGAAGGUAAAAUCAAUCAUGAAGUGGAUAGUACAACCCAUAAUCCUGUGUCAAGUACUGAUGGAGACAAGGAAUCUGAACAUCCUACAUCAGAAGGUGAUAUUGUUAACAACGAACAAGAGACGGUAGAACGUGGAGAGUCGAUCAACAGUGGAGGUAAAUCUCAUCUUUGCUCACAUUGCGGCAAGGUGUUUUCCACAAAAGAUCAACUCGACAUUAAUCUGAGGAUACAUUUUGGAGAAAAGCUACAUCAGUGUCCAUGUUGCAGUAAGAGAUCAUGUCAGGCCAGUCAUUCCCUUCUCCACGUGAAAUCACAUGCAGGAGAAAAGCCAUAUGAAUGUUGCUAUUGUAAGAAAGGAUUUUUACGGAAAAAUGAUCUCAAUCGUCAUAUACUAACACAUACAGGAGAAAAGCCAUAUGAAUGUUGCUAUUGUAAGAAAGGAUUCUCUCAGAAAAGUGUACUCAAUCGUCAUAAACUAAUACAUACGGGAGAAAAGCCAUAUGAAUGUUGCUAUUGUAAGAAAGGAUUUUCUCGGAAAAGUACACUCAAUUGUCAUAUACUAGCACAUACAGGAGAAAUGCCAUAUGAAUGUUGCUAUUGUAAGAAAGGAUUUUUACGGAAAAAUGAUCUCAAUCAACAUAUACUAAUACAUACAGGAGAAAAGCCAUAUGAAUGUUGCUAUUGUAAGAAAGGAUUUUCACAGAAAAGUGUACUCAAUCGUCAUAAACUAUCACAUACAGGAGAAAAGCCCCAUGAAUGUUCGCACUGUAAUAAAGGGUUUUCUGAGAAAAGAAGUCUCACCCAACACCUAACACACACAGGAGAAAAGCCAUAUGAAUGUUCAUACUGCAAGAAAAGGUUUUCUAAGAAAAGCAAUCUCACCCAACACCUCCUAACACACACUGGAGAAAAGCCAUAUGAAUGUUACUUUUGUAAGAAAGGAUUCUCUCAGAAAAGUGUACUCAAUCAACAUAUACUAAUACAUACAGGAGAAAAGCCAUAUGAAUGUUGCUAUUGUAAGAAAGGAUUUUCACAAAAAAAUCAUCUCAAUCGUCAUAUACUAACACAUUCAGGAGAAAAGCCAUAUGUAUGUUGCUAUUGUCACAAAGGAUUUUCACAAAAAAGUGCUCUCAACCAUCAUAUACUAACACACACAGAAGAAAAGCCAUAUGAAUGUUGCUAUUGUAAACAAAGAUUCUCUCUGAAAAGUGCACUCAAUUGUCAUCUACUAACACACCCAGAAGGAAAGCCACAUGAAUGUUCACACUGUAAUAUAAGGUAUUCUGAGAAAAGAAAUCUCACCCAACACCUCCUAACGCACACAGGGGAAAAGCCCUAUCAAUGUUGCUAUUGUAAGAAAGGAUUUUCUCGGAAAGAUGUACUCAAGCUUCAUCUCCGAACACACACAGGAGUAAAGCCAUAUGAAUGUUACUUUUGUAAGAAAGGAUUCUCUCAGAAAAGAAAUCUCACCCAACACCUCCUAACACACACAGGAGAAAAGCCAUAUGAAUGUUCAAACUGUAAGAAAGGGUUUUCUGAGAAAAGAAGUCUCACCCGACACUUCCUCACACACACAGGAGAAAAGCCGUAUGAAUGUUCAAACUGCAAGAAAAGGUUUUCUCAGAAAAGCAAUCUCACCCAACACCUCCUAACACACACAGGAGAAAAGCCAUAUGAAUGUUCACACUGCACGAAAAGGUUUUCUCUGAAAAGUAGUCUUAAACGUCAUCUCCGAACACACACAGGAGAAAAGCCAUAUGAAUGUUCAAACUGUAAGAAAGGGUUUUAUGAGAAAAGAAGUCUCACCCAACACCUCCUAACACACAGAGGAGAAAAGCCAUAUGAAAGUUCACACUGCAAGAAAAUGUUUUCUCUGAAAAGUACUCUUACCUGACACCUACAAACACACACAGGAGAAAAGCCAUAUGAAUGUUCACACUGCACGAAAAGGUUUUCUCUGAAAAGUACUCUUAAACGUCAUCUCCGAACACACACAGGAGAAAAGCCAUAUGAAUGUUCAAACUGUAAGAAAGGGUUUUAUGAGAAAAGAAGUCUCACCCAACACCUAACACACACAGGAGAAAAGCCAUAUGAAUGUUCAAACUGUAAGAAAGGGUUUUAUGAGAAAAGAAGUCUCACCCAACACCUAACACACACAGGAGAAAAGCCAUAUGAAUGUUCAAACUGUAAGAAAGGGUUUUCUGAGAAAAGUAGUCUCACCCAACACCUCCUAACACACACAGGAGAAAAGCCCUAUGAAUGUUCAUACUGCAAGAAAAGGUUUUCUAAGAAAAUCACUCUAACCCAACACCUCCUAACACACACAGGCGAAAAGCCAUAUGAAUGUUCAAACUGUAAGAAAGGGUUUUCUAAGAAAAGCAAUCUCACCCGACACUUCCUCACACACACAGGAGAGAAGCCAUAUGAAAGUUCACACUGCAAGAAAAUGUUUUCUCUGAAAAGUACUCUUACCUGACACCUACAAACACACACAGGAGAAAAGCUGUAUAAAUGUUCACACUGCAAGAAAGGGUUUUUUAAGAAAAGCUAUC